AUGACGUCUGUACAUCGGACCCGCGAAGUGCUGCUCUUUGGACUGUCAGCGAACCCGCCAACAGGAACUACGGGCCACAUGGGUGUGGUGAAGCACUGCCGUGCGUUUUACGACGAAAUUUGGCUAGUACCUGUGUUUCAGCACGUUUAUUCUACCAAGCGAGAGCUUGCGCCGUUCGAGCAUCGCGUGGAAAUGUGUCGAUUGGCAUUAGAGACGCUCAAGAGAGAGCAAGAGGAUGGUGCCGAGCUGAAAGUGGUGGAAGAAGAGCGUGAGAUGUUCGAGCACGUGGCUGCGACUCGAAAAUAUAUCGGGCGUAUCGAUGAGCUUCGUCUUGGCAGUGUCGAUCUCGUACUCUACCUCCUGGGCAAAUACCAGGACACGAACUUUACAAUGCUGUUAGGUGGAGACACGUAUGCGGAUUUGCUAGCUGGCAAGUGGAACAGGGGGGACGAGCUCAUGCAGUUGGUCAAGUUCUUGGUCGUGGAUCGUAAAGGUGUCGAGUCGCCGUGGCGAACAGAAGAGCAGCCAAGGCAAUCAGCCAAUGUAAGAUGCAUUCAUAUACCAGAGCUCAGCAGCGUGUCGUCUACUCGAGUAAGGGCUACAGCUGAUCGCGACGAGCUGGCAGCAUACUUGGAUCCAGCAGUACUGGAGUACAUCGUCCAACACCAGCUCUACGCAUUUGCAGCGCUUCGAAAGGAGUGCACGAGCUGA